AUGGAGGAGUACGACAUCAACCUGGACGAGGCACUUGGCGUUGCGAUGAAUGCAGCGCGAAAGGCAGGGGCCAUCAUGUGGGAGUUCUAUCAAUACCGUCGUGUGGCUGCUGCCGCGACUGCGGCGAGGCUAUUUAAGGAGGGUGGCAGCGCUAGAAACGCCGAACAUGAUGCCGAGAAGGCGCUGAAGCUCCUCGACGUGCAGGUCAAAUCAUCGAGUACAGACCUCGUGACGUGUUAUGACAAGCGUUGCGACGAGAUCAUCACGAAGAUAUUGAAGAAGUUCAAUGCGAAGGUGGAGCAUGAGAAGUCUGAGGCUGGAUUCCCUUCAUUCAAGUUCAACUUCAUCACGGAGGAGAUGUCCCCCGACGCGCCCUUGACAGACGCCCCGACGUGGAUUGUCGACCCGAUUGACGGCACAAUGGCGUUUAUUCAUGGGGCAUGUGACUGCUGCGUCAGCAUUGGACUCACCAUCAAGAAGGUCACCGUGCUCGCGGUCGUCUUCUGUCCAUUUCUUUCCGCAGCCUCCAAUACGCCGACGGGGUCGGUCUCCUCUAGUGGGUUGAUGGGGGAAAUGUACACCGCGAUCCGCGGCAGGGGUGCGUUCCUCAACGGUCAUCAACUCAACGCGUGGUUUGACGCCACGCCAAGGUCUGCGCUUGUGGUGCUCAACUACCCCACCGGCGCCAGGCUGUCUGAGGAGGAGCAGAAAGCCGCCUCCGCCGACAGCAACAUCGACAUUGACGCGGUCAAGCAGAAGAAGCUCCAGAAGGUGGUCGAGGCAGCGGGGCACAUUCGCCAGCGNCCGACAGCAACAUCGACAUUGACGCGGUCAAGCAGAAGAAGCUCCAGAAGGUGGUCGAGGCAGCGGGGCACAUUCGCCAGCGACUUGCGAUGGAACCUGUGCAGGGACUGCGCUGCUACGGUGCCUGUGUUCUCAUCCUCGCACAGAUUGCUGCUGGUCGCGUAG